AUGACAGCCACUUCUUACAUGCCAAAGUUAUUUUCGAUACCGAUGGCACAUUCAACAAAGGAAGGAGAUGAGGGAGAAAGAGAGAGCAAAGAGGAGAGGGAGGUGCAGCGGCGGAUGCAUGUUCCUCGAACUGUAUUACAACAGAUCAUUGGCAUUGCAGCUUCAGUGGACAUGUAUGCUGAAUAUCCCCUCACUGGACAAGAUUGGAUUUUAGUGUAUACAAGCCCUCCUCUCAGCUGCUCAGUAUCAAAACCCAAGUUGGUACAACACCACUUUGUAGUUUUGUACCAGAACCUAGAACCCAGGUCCGGAUUCACCCAGAAGUACAACCGAAGACGCGGUCGGCUGCCUGCUGGUCUGGAAACUACACAAUAUCUUUGGAACCCACUAUCCUCUAAUGCAUGAAUCUUUGUGCUCAGUCGGGCUACAACUAAUAUUUGAUCAUUUCAUCUUAUUCUAUAAUGCAAACAACCUGUUUUUUCAUCGCGAGAAAGAACAUUAAGAAAAUUUUGCUCAUUCUAUUGUAGCAAUAGAGACUGCAUGAAUAACAGUACCGUGUUUGGCUAUUUGUUCUUGUGGCUUCCUGGCCAUGGGCGCUUUACUGCUUUGUUCCAAAAAAAAACCUGCUAUUUUUGUUCUGCUGGUACAGCUACUCUUUGGCUGGGACAUUUUUGCUUGGAGUAACAUAAAUGAACCUAAAAUUUCUUAAUAUUUUAUAUCACUUUUUGUAUCGAUGUCUUGUGCACGCCAUCUGGAUACUUCAAAAGUAUUUACCCUGCUUUCCUUUGAUUUGAGUUGUCUUUAUGUCAAGGACUAUUUGUUUUAAUAGAUUUAAUAUCUAAAGUGUCAUAAUUAAUUUUAUUUU